UUUGGUGUGUGACAAGAUAACUUAAAUCAUCAGUGCCAAAAAGUGGAUGUUUGUUAAUGGCUCCUGGGAGUUUAGGUUUGGUUUAUCGUUGCGUAGGUAUUAUAAUUUACUCUUUGCUGAGAAAGCAGUUUUCAGACCUCUUUGAUUUGCUCUGUUCUGCUUCUGUCAUCAUAAUCUUCUCCUUGGAUUUGCAUGGCUUUCCAGCUUGGUGAAGACUGACUCCCUUUUGUUCUCUUGCAAACUGAGGUGGUGGGGGGAAAACCGCAAAAGAUGUUGGCAAACCAGACAAGCGUUUUAAUUUUUUCUGGAAUUUGUGCUAUGCUGCUGAUGCUGGCAGUGGUAUACUACACUUAUUGGUCUGUUGUUCUAAGUGAGGGGCCGUGCAAACGCUAUUGAUAUCUGUCAUGGGUUUAUUUGCGUACCUGAAGACUCAGUUUAUUCUGCACCUGCUUAUCAGCUUUGUGUUCAUAGUGAGUGGACUAAUUAUAAACUUCGUUCAGCUAUGCACACUGGUUCUCUGGCCAGUAAACAAACAGCUCUACCGCAGGGUCAACUGCCGCCUUUCCUAUUCAUUGUGGAGCCAGCUUGUGAUGUUGCUAGAGUGGUGGGCGGGUACAGAAUGCACUCUGUUUACAGACAAGGCCACUGUGGACAAGUUAGGGAAAGAGCAUGUCAUCGUCAUCCUUAAUCACAAUUAUGAAAUAGAUUUCCUCUGUGGAUGGACCAUUUGUGAGCGGUUUGGAGUUUUGGGGAGUUCGAAAGUCCUUGCAAAGCAUGAGUUGUUGAAAGUGCCACUAAUUGGGUGGACCUGGUACUUCUUGGAAAUAGUUUUCUGUAAAAGGAGAUGGGAAGAAGACAAAGACACUGUCAUCCAGGGACUCAAAAACCUCUCGGACUAUCCUGAGUGCAUGUGGUUCCUCUUGUAUUGUGAAGGGACACGCUUUACAGAAAAAAAACACCAGAUCAGUAUGCAGGUUGCCGAAUCAAAGGGCCUUCCCAAGCUGAAGUAUCACUUACUGCCCAGAACAAAAGGAUUCACCACAACCAUGCAGUGUCUUAAAGGAACAGGUGAGAGAUUGAAAUAGCUGGGUGCUACAAUA